AUGGUCAUCACGUUCGACGUUCGCUCAGGUCACGCUGGUGGACUGACAGCUUUGACCAAAAUGCCCUCGUGUAAUAUUUUGGUUCUCGGAGCACAAAAGCGUCUCCUGUCCGGAUUCAGUAAUACCUCGGUUCUCCCUCACACCGGGUACAUUUAUAAUAGUGAGUCAGUGCAAAAGCUCCCGCCGGAUUUACGCUUGAAAGCGGCACGUCUGAUAGCCAACAAAUUGGCUCUGGCCGCUCGUGUGGAUUUAUUCCACGAAGCCUCGGACGGAAACAUCGGGGAGAGACUUUUGCUUGAAGUUGAGCGCAAAUUUGACAAAUGGCAGGAACCCCCUCCCGUGAAAACGGUCAAAGCCCUUCCAGCUCCAAUCGAUCCACCGGCUAAAAAGCGUGGAGGUAAACGAUACCGGAAAAUGAAAGAGCGUCUCGGUCUGACCGAAUUACGUCGAUCAGCUAACCGGAUCCAAUUCGGUGAGAUCAGCGACGAUGCGUAUCAGAGCGAUUUGGGUUUCUCGUUGGGUUCACUCGGUCAACGAGGGAUUGCCGGUCGACUUCGAGCACCUCAGGCCGAUUCGAAGACAAAAGCUCGGGUAAGCAAAGCGCUGCAACAGAAGUUGUCCCGAUUUGGUGGGAUGUCCACGAUGCCAACCACGGCACUGGGUGCAACAACGUGGGGCGGAAGUUCGACUGUUCGGAAGAAUGUGGCUGGCACAUCCUCGUCAAUCGCAUUCACACCACUACAGGGCUUGGAGAUAGUGAAUCCGCAGGCGGCUGAGAAAUCUGUGGAGAUCGGGAAAAAGUAUUUCAGUGUGACGGCCGGAUUCGCGAAAAUUCAGUCGAAGAAAGAAGAAGGACCCACAUGA